AUGGUGACGGGAAUCGCCAGCGGGCCGCAGCAGAGCGCCUCCAACCCGAUCGCAAUGGUGAACGGCAGCAUGAGGUCGUCGGGAGCGCAAGUGGAGCAGAAGAGAACUUCAGGAGAUAGUAGACGGAGCAAUAAACCAAUAAUGGAGAAGCGACGACGGGCGCGUAUUAACAAUUGCCUAAACGAACUCAAGGCGCUUAUUUUAGAUGCGAUGAAGAAAGACCCUGCCAGACAUUCUAAACUAGAGAAAGCGGACAUUUUGGAGAUGACCGUGAAGCAUUUGGAAGGCCUACGGUCCGAAAGGACGGCGUCGCCGGAUCGGUUUAGGGCGGGGUACAGGCACUGCGUGUCUGAAGUUGCUAAGUACCCGGGCUUGGAUGCGGGGCUCAAGAGGAGACUGGUUAAGCAUCUCGAGGGUUGCGUCAACGCGCCGGGAGCGAGGCCGUCCGGGGCGCCAACUCCCCCGUCUGAUAACGAAGAACCCAUAAUCGCAUCGCAGCACUCAACUAUUUUUAUCUCCGCUGGUCCAGGUUCGGGCGUGCGGCUGGUCCCCACGAGGCUGUCGAACGGGGACAUCGCUUUGGUGCUGCCGGCGGGCGUGGGCGCCAGCACUCUCGGCGCUGUGCCCACUUUGGUGCCCCUCUCGCCGCGGGAGGCCUCGUCGACCUCUUCGGAGGCGCGCUGCUUCUCGCCGGCGAGCUCGGGCUGGGGGAGCCCCCCGCCGAACGAAGAGCCCGCCCCGUUGGCGCUGAUCACGCGGCGACAGCCCCCCGAAGAGAAGCCGUGGCGCCCUUGG